AUGUUAACGUGAAAAUAAACAUGAAGUAAAAGCUGUUGCAAAUUGUUACUGGAAUGAAUUUGUAAUAUAACAACUAGAGUGAUAAUCAUUGAUAACGUAUUAAGUCAUUUAGUGACUGCGCAUAUAUGGCGUAUAAUCAAGGAAGUUUUAGUGUCAAAAUUGUACGGAUGUUAGUGUGGCAAACAUGUAAAAUUUAACUAUUAAUAAUAUAGUUAUCACGCCAUUCAAGUUCUUCCUUCCUUUUCGUAUCCUGUAAAUUUGGUGUAUUUUAUACAAUUCUAUGUAAUGUUAGCGCUGUUAUUAUGGACAAAAGAAUCAUACUUGCUGUUCUGUUCACAGGAAUUAGAUUGACUCAAACCGUGUUCGCUGAAUGUCCAGAUACAGUACAUCCUGGAAUCAAUGGUUUUGGACUAGACUGUAAAUAUAGAUGUAACUGUAAGGACAAUGUACAGUGUGACUUAGAAACCGGCGAUUGUCAAAAUGGUUGCUUGUUUGGAUGGAUGGGACCAAGAUGCCAAUACCGGAAUCUUGUAACCGCAUCCAUUGGUACUGAACAGUAUUAUAGAGCGGCAGACGAAACCAACUGGGCAGAUAAAGCAAUAGAUGGAGAUGUGAACACAUGCAGCAGUACAGACUCUCGAGGAUUUGGAGACCCAACACAACAAUGGUGGCGUCUUAAAUUAUCGACUGAGUUUUAUAUCGUUGGAUUAGUCAUCAAGAUUCGGGACUCAGAUAAAGCAAAUUUCCGAGGAUUCUCUGUAGAAAUAGGAAACAACACAAAUAACUAUGAGGUCUGCUAUCAACACGAAGCCGGUACUGACGGAGAAAUUGUUAUGAAUGUGGAUUGUGUGCGACCAAUUAUUGGCAAGAUAGUGGAAAUCAAACUUAAAGAAAAUAUGCCACCGCCUUUAGUUCUGUGUGAAGUAGAACUAUUUGGAGGUCGCCUGGUUUCGUUCAAUAAGCAUACUUUAAUAGAAUCCGUCCUAACAUAUAAUGGAAGAUGGAACGCUUCGUAUGCCGUAGAUGGAAGGCCAAUGCUGUCUCGCAGUGAAGAUCAGGAUAAUGAGUCGCAGAGAACUUGCAGUGCAACUAGGGAUUAUAAUGCCAGUAUAGUUAAGUGGUGGAAUGUACAUUUAGAUACAUUCUAUGACAUACAAGGAAUCAGUUUCUUUGGUCGAUUAGAUCUAGAAAUACAAGUAAGUGAAAGGUAUAUUGUUUUAUUGAUGAGACGGUUGCUUUAAAUGCAAAAAUACUUA